UCCUUUAAAUUAACUUACUUCCUGAAUAAGUUUUGUUUCGUUUUUGGUUUAACUACCGUUCUUAUAUUGAGAAUUACGUAGCAACAACUUAAAAGAAUUGGUUUGAAGUUCUAUAAAUACGGAUUGUUUUGAGGCGAAGAAAAGGUCAAACUAUGACUUCUCCGGAGGAGACCUCAACAAACAACUUAAAAGAGGCAGAGGAGCUAAGCCAGUUAUUGAGUGAGGCCAUCAGCUGUGGUGACAAAGAGGAAGCCAAGAGAUGUUCUGGGAAGCUGGCAGAAUUAUGCGUACCAGUGGACGUCAGGAUCUCCCACAAGGCUUAUUCCCAGGACUCUAUUCGGUUGAAGGUGGGAGUUGGAGACGCACAGUCAGAUAAGUAUGUCCCGGUUACCUUGUUGGUGACUCUGAGCAUGACCAUUUCGGAACUGAAGGAGAAGAUCAAUACUGACUAUGGAUUUCAUCCAUCUUUGCAAAACUGGGUGAUCGGGAAGCGUCUGGCCCAGGACUGUAACACUCUGUACAGCCAUGGGGUAAGGAACAAUGGAGACCAGGCCUACCUGUAUAUCAAGUCAGCCCAUGAUGCCAAACUCAGCCGGGAGCAACUGAAUCAAGAGGAGGAGCAACGUCGGCUGCAUGGUAUCAUCGAGUCUUUGGGUCCUCUACUAGCCAGAGGAGCCACUGGAUCAACUCCGCCCAUUAAACCUAAACCCCCGAGUCCUUCUCUUCUACCAAAGCCUCAGUUGGGCUGGGCAUGCCCUGAGUGCACCUAUGCCAACAAGCCAACACGGCCGGGCUGCGAGAUGUGUGGGUCAGAGAGACCUACAGACUAUAAAGUGCCUGAUGUUUACCAGCCUGACGAUGAUGAGAUCCACAGACUUCAGCUAGAAGAGAUAGCCAACGAACAGUAUCAGCUGGCAUUGGAGGUAGAGAGAGAGAGGAAUUUCCAGAGUCUGGUGGAAACAGAUGCUCACAGUCUUGUCCCGAAUACAGAAGAGCUGGACUGCCCUAUAUGCUACUGCUCCAUUCCAUCUGGGGAGGGAGCCACACUGCGGGAGUGCCUGCAUGUUUUUUGCAGGUAUGUCAGAUCUUGGUUUCAUCUCAGUAACACUAUGACCGGCCUCCAUUACUCCUCUCAGGUACACAAAACCAAAGCGACAACUACCCUUUGUCUUAAACAAAAUUAUUGUGCAGAUUGCUUUCUUUUUGUGUAUUCUCCAAACAGAGAGUGUCUUAAAGGAACCAUAGUGAACAGCAUGGAUGCAGAAGUGACCUGCCCUUAUAGGAAUGAAGAGUACAGCUGUGAUAGCAAGCUCCUGGACAGGGAGAUCAAAUCUCUUCUCUCUCAGGAGGAGUACCAGAAGUUUCUAGAGCUCAGGCUCAGUAUUGCUGAGACACGAAGUGAGAACAGCUACCACUGCAAAACCCCUGACUGUGCUGGCUGGUGCAUUUUUGAAGAUGAAGUCAAUGAGUUUAUAUGUGAGCUCUGCAAAGAGACCAACUGUCUCCUCUGCAAGGCCAUCCACAAAGACAUGAACUGCAAGGAGUAUCAAGACGAUCUCCGCAUUAGAGCUGAAAAUGACAUUGCUGCCCAACAGACCACACAGAUGCUUGAGUCUUUACUGCAGAAUGGGGAGGCCAUGCACUGUCCAAGGUGUAAGGUCAUAGUUCAGAAAAAGGAUGGCUGUGAUUGGAUCUGUUGCCUGAUGUGUAAGACGGAAAUUUGCUGGAUCACCAGGCAGAGUCGCUGGGGACCAAAUGGAAAUGGGGACAACUCAGGAGGCUGUGGAUGUCGUGUCAAUGGGGUGCUUUGCCACCCUAACUGCCAGAACUGCCACUGAAGGGCCCCACUCAAUCUCAACAUGGUGCUGUUCGUUUGGGGACAAACCAUUAAGAAUGAUUGAGACAUUUUGUACCCAAAUGAUUUUGGAAGCACUGGCAUCACCAUUUGAAGUGGGUGGGAAAGAGUAGGGAAGGGUUACAUAAUUCCAUUCAAGUCAUUAGGACGGAUGAGUCAAUGAAAUGUGCACUUUGGUCACACAAUUGGAAUUGCCAAGCUCCUCCCAGCAACCUCUUUUAAAAAAAGAGACCUAGUCUAAAAACAAGCUUAUGCUGUCCCCAACAUAUUGCCUCUUCGAAAUUAGAUUCAGGUGUAAUUUAUGUUGUUUAGGAAAGGACGUGCACUGCCCUGUUUGCUUCCAUUUGGAUUACACUCUUAUUUUGUCUUGUUAACCAAUGUUUAAUACAGAAGGUAGGACCUCUUAGCUGGAAAGGGGAUUUAAAAUGGAUGUGAAUGUAGUGCAAUUUUCAUUUGAACUGUGAGCAAGCAUUCCAUAACUGUGUGUCAGUAAAUCAGUAACAAGCUUGGUAUUGGUUCAAACAACACUGUGGGAGACAGAUUGUUUACAAGCUCUUAGAACUAGUAAAAGAUGUAGCAGUCAUUCGUCAUAAAUAUAUACCUUGUAUGUGACCUGUGUAAUGCUAUUCAAAGUGAUGAGCUUGUUGGAAUGUGUCUCACUCCAACGAUUAAGCAAUCGAUCAGAAGUAAGCAAGCAGUAUGAAUCAAUUAAAUUAUGCCAACAGUGCUAAAUUUGUAAUUCGGGAGGUCCAGCACAUUGGAACGGGGGGCGGAGUUAAUAUGUCUUUUCACCUGCUAGAUUCGGCAGCUUGACUCAGCGAAGGGAGCAAAUUGGUAGCGCAAAUGGAGGACAAUAAAACGCUAUAACUUUAACUUUAUCUUUUCAAGCGGUUCUGAGGCUACAGUAAUAGGCGACUUUAUGAACUCUAAUCAGUUUUAGUAUAAUAUUUAUAGUGCAAGGCGCACAUAGUGAUAAAAAAAAAAAGUGCAACAUACCGGAUCCGUGGAAAAUGGAUGCCAUUUGUAAAUGUACAAAUACAAUGCAUCCAUCUUAGAUUACAAGAUAGCCUUAAUAUUAACAAGGCAUUAUUUAUGUAGUCACAGGGCAGUUUCAAAACAAAGCAUGAACAAAGAGAUUGCAACUAGGUCUGCAGCCAAGAGAGACUGAGAAAAACAAUACAAACUCAAUCCAUGAAGUGGAGCAUGGAAAAUGGGUGAUGAGAAUAUAAUACAGCAUAUCUAUCUAGACGCAGAGGAACAAGCCAUGUUUUGAGAUUUGAAUAGUACAGCAAAUUCAGUUCCAGGUCCUGUAUCAAAAAGUGUCUCAGACCUAAACUGAAAAUAGAGACCGUUACUCUUACCUGGGUUGAGUCGAAGUAAAAGUAUGUUUGGUCAUAACUAGAGGGCAUUAAUCAUGUUAACUGUCUAUAAUUUGUAUUAUUGGAAGCAGAGUCCCCAUGUAACUUAGAUUGAAUGAAUUGAAAAUGAAAGACGUUUCAAUCAUUGUAUGCAAGUGACACAAUGCCUGCUGUAACAAAGCGAUACAGAUUCAGACAGGGAACCCUGAGGGAAUGCAUCAGUCUAAACUCAGUGCAGCUUCCGACUGGGAACCCUGAGGGAAUGCAUCAGUCUAAACUCAGUGCAGCUUCAGACAGGGAACCCUGAGGGAAUGCAUCAGUCUAAACUCAGUGCAGCUUCAGACAGGGAACCCUGAGGGAAUGCAUCAGUCUAAACUCAGUGCAGCUUCAGACAGGGAACCCUGAGGGAAUGCAUCAGUCUAAACUCAGUGCAGCUUCAGACAGGGAACCCUGAGAGAAUGCAUCAGUCUAAACUCAGUGCAGCUUCCGACUGGGAACCCUGAGGGAAUGCAUCAGUCUAAACUCAGUGCAGCUUCAGACAGGGAACCCUGAGGGAAUGCAUCAGUCUAAACUUAGUGCAGCUUCAGACAGGGAACCCUGAGGGAAUGCAUCAGUCUAAACUCAGUGCAGCUUCAGACAGGGAACCCUGAGGGAAUGCAUCACUGGAUCAUUGGUUGAUGUAUCAGUGGACAUCUCACUAAUCAUAUUGAUCAUAUACUUUCUAACAUGCUACCCUUGUGCUCUAUUUAGGCUGAUCUAUUUAUGCACACAGUCUCUGUUGCCUUACUGCUGUUGAGGCAGUGCUGGACAAAUGUGUUUGGGGCCAUUUUGGGCCAUUUAUUUUGGAAAACAACUUCCUGCACUUCGACAUAGAAAUAUUUUCUAUUUUACAAUGCUAAUUUUCACAUGCUUUAUAGAAAUACAUGCUUUUUCAAUAUAAUAAAAUACUAUAUUUUAGAUUUUUCCAUGAAGCCAAGAGACAAUAUAGCAGAUUUCAAGCUAAUUUAUUGCUAUUGUACAGUGCGUAUUUUGCAAUGCAGCUAAUAGUUUACUAAAUUUUUUUUUUACAUUUUGUUACUUUACAAAAUGUAAUUGAAAUGCAUUCAAAAGAUGUAUUGCCAGAAAUCUCAACAAAAUACUCUAAUGUCAAACUUUUAUUUAAGUACAAACUUGAGCAGUUUGUACUUGUUGAAUUGGUGUGACAAGUGUUGAUAUAACACUUUUCAGCCUAAGUGUCCAUUCAGGGAAACCGAUUGUUGGCGUCAGCAACCAUCGAGUUGAUGAAUCAACGAUUACAUCUAUUAGUCUUCUUUGGUAAGUCUCUAAACGCUUUGCACACCUGGAUUGUGCCUGUGUGGUGUUAGGGGUUGAAGUGUUAGGGGUCAUGGCUAGACCGUCAUUCUCCAUAGAUUUCUUUUUCUCUCAAAUUAUGUGGAUUUGUCUCUAACAAGACCAAAGGGGUGUCUCUUAAAACUAUGUUGUUACAGUGUUAUGUUAUUGCCACACAUUUUGUAUUACAGAUGUUUUAUGUGAGGGACCAAGGAAGUAGAACUUUUCUGUUCUCUUUUUUUGUCAUUAAUGUCUGUUCCAUGUUUUUUUAUGGUCACAAAUGUAUUUUCAGUUUUUAUGUG